AUGUCGGCGAAGCAACAGAGACCUUCCGUCCUGGUCACGGAUGCAAGAGAGAGGGCGGACCAGCGACGAUCGCCACGGCGCCCGGGCACAUCGUCCGGUGCCCCUGGGCGGACGCCGAUGCGAUUCAUGACGGUCGACAACAUUCUCCAGCACGAUUCCCAAAUUCCUUCCGGCCAGCCUCGAGGGCCGCCGAUGCCAACACAGAGGCCGCAUACUUCUGGCGGCCUUCCUUCGGGCAAUAGACGGAUCACGGCCGGCGGCCUGCCAAACCUCCCAUCUCGCACCGGCAAGCCGAUCCCCUCGCGAACUACUAAAAUUAGCGAAAAGCUCGUCCUGCUGCCCGAUGAGACACGCCGGCCAUUGAGAGACGAAGAGCUGGAUGUGCUCCGGAAAAGGGGCGGUAUCCGCGGCAAGAGUUAUGCAGAACGGCUACCCAAAAUGCAGAGGACAGACAAAGUCAGCCGACUGACGGCAUACUGCACUGCGCAAGCGUUCAAGACAAAAGAGACGGCGGAAUUUUUGAGGAAGAAACACGAGGCCAAGACCAAGAUCUACGAUGAUUGUCUGUAUGCCAUAUACGCCCUCCCGCUGAUGAACGGAAUUGAAGGCUAUCGAGUACGCAGUCGACCAAUACUGAAGACGCCCGGGACAGGAAAAACUGUGCUGGACUUGGAAAUUGAGCGUAGCGAACAGCGAGAUCACCACGAGGGUUAUUUUGACCACGACGCCUACACUUCUGCUACCGACGACUCCAGCAAUGGCCAGAGACAGCCUUCUGCGUUUGCCGACCCUUCUUCAUCGCCCGACGAUAGCCUUUUGUCACCACAAGGCUCCUAUCCUCCCAUCGACGACGGCAUUGCCUCACAUAUGAGUCGCCUGGCGCCUGAUGCAAAGAACUUUGCAGAGAUGUUCGUCUUUUCGUACGGAGUGGUUGUAUUUUGGAACUUUACGGAGCACCAAGAAAAAGACAUUCUCGCGGAUCUAACCUUUGCCGAUGCUGAAGACGGCGUCAAUCUGCUUUCACGGCCUCUGGAUCAGGGCGAUUAUGAGACGGAAGAAUUCCAUUUCGAAUAUAGUCCCGAUGUUCAGCGGCCGCGAAUCUUCAACGACAUGAUUACGUUGCUGCCCCGAUCUGAUCAUAUGAUCAAGCUGACCAUUAGCCACGCAAUUGCGCAGAGUACCAAGCUGUGCUUUUUCGAAGAGAGGAUGAGCGAGACGAUGCUUGAUGCGCAGCACGUCCCCAAGACACUGGCAUUGACAGGAGAGCUGGGCAUGACUAGGGCUGAAAUUGUCAAGAUCAUGGGCCGGCUGUUUAAGAGCCGCGUGGAUAUUAAUCUUUCAUCAAAUAUCCUCGACGUGCCUAAUUUCUUUUGGGAUUCUGAGCCUACUCUGCAUCCAUUGUACGAAGCUAUCCGCGAGUAUCUGGAGAUUGACCUUCGUAUCAAAGUCCUCAACGAGCGUUGCCGUGUGUUUUUGGAUCUCGCAGAGAUUCUCUCCGAAUCGGAUGCCGAUGCCAAGAUGAGCUACAUCACAUGGAUCAUCAUAGCUCUUAUCGUCCUGAGUAUCCUCGUCACCGUUACUGAAGUGGGCCUACGCUUCGCCAUGCUCGAAAAGAGCAAACGCAAUGACGAAGAGGGCGGGAACAACGGCACUAAGUGCUCUGGAUCUGAUGUGACGUGGAGCACCAAUGGCAACCCUGCCAUGUUGUCGAUACCGGUUGAUGGGACAAGACAUGCGGCCUUGGCCUCGAGCGAUCUUGAGGUGCUAGCCCGUGCUCUAGGCUUGGAGGACCAGGCUACGUUUGAGGAUGUACGGCGCGGCAUUUGGCAUCUUAGGCAUGGCAGCGGCUCGGGAUCGCGGUAUGACGGUCAGAUGGAAGACGUGGAUUGA